CUUGCAUGGAGCUAAUUCCGCGCUUGUGCGAUUACUAAGUUCUAUUUUUUUAUUUGUGCACAUUUUUGCAGUGGCAUGCCUCAGCGGACAACUUGAGCUGAUCUGGACUACUUGGGCUACUCAUGCAAUCUGGUUUUGUUUAACAGGAUGACGCUGCGCAGAGCUUACAAAUGAAGCAACCUUUGGGUCUGUGUAUUCUGAGACCGAAGCCCGAACCCACAGAUACAUAUUCGACAGCGGCAUCCUCAAGUAGCGAAGCGCUUGAUGCUAUCCCGGAUGCUCAAGAGGAUGAUCAACUGGAUUUCAAUGCUCGGCGUACUUCCGAUCAGUCAUUGAAAGCUGAACCGAACAAUCCUGUGAGCUCUUUGGACGAAGUUUGCGUCAUUGGGGCCAAGACAGCACUUCCCGUUUCUGAGAAAGGUCAGCGAGCACACACGUGCACCAACUGUGGCAAAUCCUUUACACGAGCAGAUCAUCUCCGGACGCAUUUACGUUCAGUCCAUCUGAAGCUAAGAGAUCACAUAUGCAAAUACUGUGGCAAAGCUUUUUCCUCAAGAAGCAACCUUUGUAUCCACACAAAAGCCAUUCACCUGAGUGAGUGCGACAUUGAGUAUUCUGUUAGAUUUUACUCUUUUUUGGUAACCCUUG